GUAAUACUCAUAUCAGUUGUGGUCUAUGUAUGUUGGGAAAGGAGAUAUAAUGACCGCCGACAUAUAAGCAAUUUUUGGAUCCUGGCUCAAACUGGUACAAAGUUGUUUUUUUUUUUUACAUCAGAGGCGAGUGGUCUACACUCUCUGAGUGGUUGGCGUUAGGAAGGGCAUCCAGCUGUAGAAACUCUGCCAAAUCAGACUGGAGCCUGGUGUUGCCAUCCGGUUUCACCAGUCCUCAGUCAAAUCGUCCAACCCAUGCUAGCAUGGAAAGCGGACGUUAAACGAUGAUGAUGAUGAUGAUGAUGAUCUUCUAAAGACAAAGGAAGAUGUUAUGCAGAACAAUUGUAACCAUGUUUAUAUAAAACUGAUGAAUUAUGAUGAAAUGUUUUUGCUGAGUGAGACUUUUAGCAAUAUUUGUGUAUGUCAAUGUCUAGAAUAAAUGAGAGAUAAUUUUGCCUUGUAGAUAAACGACUUUGCAGCAUAGAUCACAGUUGAUGGACACAUAACAGGUGUAUUUGUUAGAAAUAUAAAAAGGAAAAUAAACAUAUAUACUUCAGUGAAAGAAGAAAAAUUGUUUAAAUGAGUUAAAUGACUUAUUCUUAUUCUAAAGAAAUGGCAAAAAAGUUGGCAAAGUCUUCAUACGAGUGUGAUACUUGUAAAAAGUCAUUCACUACAAAAGGUUAUCUUACUAUUCACAUUCGUAUUCAUACAGGAGAGAAACCAUAUCACUGUGAUAUCUGUGGUAGAUCAUUCUCUCGAAAUAGUGAGUUAACUAUUCAUAAACGUCUUCAUACAGGAGAGAAACCAUAUCAGUGUGAUAUCUGUGGUCAGUCAUUCGUUCGUAAAGAUAUUUUAACUAAUCACAUCCGCAUUCACACAGGAGAGAAACCAUAUCAAUGUGAUAUGUGCAGUAAAUCAUUCCCCAAUAGUACUAACCUGACUGACCACAAACGCAUUCAUACUGGAGAAAAACCAUUUCAAUGUGACUUCUGUGGUAAGUCGUUCAAUCAAAGCAAUCAGCUAAUUAAACACAAACGUAUACAUACAGGAGAAAAGCCCUAUGACUGUAAUAUUUGUGACAAAUCAUUCUCUCGAAAUGAUGAAUUAACUGUACACAAACACAUUCAUACAGGAGAGAAACCUUAUCGGUGUGACAUCUGUGGCAAAACAUUCCAUGAAAAUAGUGCCUUGACAGGACACAAACGCAUUCACACUGGAGAAAAGCCAUUUCCUUGUGAUAUCUGUGGUAAAGCAUUUGUUCAAAGUAGUAUCUUAAAGGGACAUAAACGCAUUCAUACUGGAGAAAAACCAUACCAUUGUGAUAUCUGUGGAAAAUCAUUCCCUCGAAGUAAUUCUUUGACUGAUCAUAAACGUAUUCAUACUGGAGAAAAGCCAUUUCAUUGUGAUAUCUGUGGUAAAGCAUUUAUUCGGAGUUAUGAUUUAAAGGGACAUAAACGUAUUCAUACUGGAGAAAAACCAUAUCAUUGUGAUAUCUGUGGUAAAGCAUUCACUCAACAUAUUCUAACUACACACAGACGUAUUCACACAGGAGAGAAACCAUAUCAAUGUGAUAUGUGCAGUAAAUCAUUCUCCAGAAGUACUAACUUAACUGAUCACAAACGCAUUCAUACUGGAGAGAAACCGUAUCAAUGUAAUUUUUGUGGAAGAUCAUUUAACCAAAGUAAUCAGCUAAUUAAACACAAACGUAUUCAUACUGGAGAAAAGCCCUAUCACUGUGAUAUCUGUGACAAAUCAUUCUCCCGAAAUGAUGAGCUGACCAUACACAAGCAUAUUCACACAGGAGAGAAACCAUAUCAAUGUGAUAUCUGUGGAAAAUCAUUCCUUCAAAAUAGUUCAUUGACUGGACACAAACGUAUUCAUACUGGAGAAAAACGAUUUCAUUGUGAUAACUGUGGUAAAGCAUUUGUUCGAAGUAGUGCCUUAAAAGGACAUAGAUGCAUUCAGACUGUAGAAAAAAAAAACAUAUCCUUGUGAAAUCUGUGGUAAAGCAUUCUCUCAAAGUAAUGCCUCCGCUGUACACAAAUGUAUUCAUACUGAAGAAAAACCAUUUCAUUGUUCAUAUCUACGGUACAGCAUUCAUUCAAAAUAUAUAUUUGAAGAAGCAUAAACAUUUACUGAAGAAAAACCAUAUUGUGAUAGAUGUGAGAACUCAUUUUCAUACAGUAAGCUAUUAACUAAGCACAAAAGUAUUCAUACAGGAGCACAACUCUAUCACUGAAAUAUCUGUGAUAAAUCAUUCUUUCAGCAUGAUGAUUUAAAACUAACCACAUAUGUAUUUUUACAUACGAUGAACCACAUGGAAGAUGUUUGUGGUUAUCAUUCUCACUAAAAGCUUAUAUCUUUUACAUGUAUAUUAAGUAUAUUCUUCUAUUUAUUCCAUCAAGGGACUAAUUCAGUUAUUGGUAAUAUAUAUGAUUUUAUCUAUGGUAUGGUUCCUUCAUGACUAUGGAAAAAUUUAAUGUUCAUUUGCAAGUGUCAUUGUAGUAUUAAACUUUACAUAAAAGCAAAAUUGUUGGAGAAAUCUUUGAAUUAUUAUCAUCAAUGCUUUUAUGUCCAUUGUCAGUGUUGGACCAUAUUAUCUCAAGCAUUUUGUCAUUUCAACUGUAAAUCUCAAAUUCCAAAGGUUUGACUGCACCAAUCUUUGUGUAUAUUUAUAAUAAUUUGAAAUAUAAAUAAAACUGAUUUACUCUUAAA